AGUCAAAUUUACAAUACCAUCACUUUCGUUUAUCAACCACUACAAAUAAACAACCUUCUUACUCAGAUCACAUCUCUCAAAAGUAGUCAUUAUGUCUAUCAUUCAGAAAUCCAUCAUGUUCGCCCUCUUCUUUGUCGCACUUGUUCUCCCAGUCAGCGGCGCUGGUCAAGUCGUUCGUGGUGUUGCAUGGGCCACUGAGUCAACCACUUGUACCACUGGCCCUGUCGAGACGCUCGUUCCCAUCGUCCUUCCAUCCUCUGCUCCCGCUUCCGAGACGACUGCUUACACAUCCUCUGCUCCCGUCGAAACUCUCGUCCCAACCAUUGUUCAAACUUCUCCAUACCCUCCUUCGAUUGCCGACACCACUGCUUACAGCUCAUCUGCUCCUACCGACACCCUCGUUCCAGUCGUCAUCACCUCGGUUCCAGUCACCAACACUCUUACCAGCACUCAAACAACCAGCUCCCUGGAAAUACUCUCCCCAAUCCCCAGCACUUCUGCUUCCGGUUACCCUUCAGUUUCCCCUAGCGUCGUAACUGGCACAUACGCCAACUCCACCUCCGUUGUUCCAUCCACAACUCUCACCAGCACCACUGCUUCCACCACCAUCAAGACUUCGGCUACGAGCUCUGGACCAGCUAGCAGCACUAGCAGCACUGUUGUUCACACCGGUGGAGCCAUGGAGGCCAACACCAUUUCAGGUGGCUUGCUCGCUGCUGCCUUUGCAGCUGCUUAUUUCAUGUAAAGCAACAAUGCUAUGCCAUGAGUUGCGGUUGGGGAGGAUAGUUCACUUGCCUAUAUGGUGGAGGAAUUAAUACCAUUCGGAACAUUGGGAAGCAAGUUUCUUUUGUAUUGCGUUGAGGGAUGGCGUACAUUGUGCGUCAAUCAGGGAAGGGAUGGUCUUAUGAAAACAAUGUGUAUAAUAAAUAGAGUAGUUACAGAUGGUAUCCUUAUGAUACACAUUUGUUUCUACAUCUAUCUCGCACAUUAGUCCUCUGAAAAUAAACAACUCUGUUUACUUAA